CCCAAGUUAUAGUUAAAGGUCAUUCAUAACCUUAAGUUUUCAAAAAAAAAAUUAAAACAAACAAAUUAGAAAUAACCUUAUUGAUUAAUGUUAAAACAAAAAUAACAAUAUACAUUUCAAAUAAAAAUUCAAAUACAAAUAUAAAAUCUUUAUCACUGGUGGAAUUUUAAAAAUUGAGCGGUUAUAUCUACAUUUACUUGUAAACCUAGAAAUAUAUACAAUCUAAGUUGAUUGAUCCGCACAAGCACUUGAUAGCUUGACAAUGGAGUUUGAAACCCACUCAGCUCCACCAGAUUCUGAACUGGUGAAGCACCAUAAGACCACCGCCGCAAACCAAGGAGAAGAAGAAGAAAAUAUUUACAAGCUUCUGCUCCCUGACGUUGGGGACCUUCCUCCAACUCCUCCGACGGCUGUUCAAUCCAACUUUAUUUCCUAUUUCGCUCCAGAUUUUCUGAAGCCAGGACACGAUCAAUACAUUUAUCGUCACGCAAACGGAUUAUGCGUGAUCGGUUUGGCUUCGACGCAUGUGGCUUUCAAGGACGAAGGAGGCAUCACGGCCGUCGAUUUCAAUGUCGGCAAAUCCAAUCGAAGCGAGAUAAAGGUCACCGGAAAACGCAAGAAGAAUGCUCAACUUUUAGAGCCAAAUUCGGCUCUCUGUAAAGUGAUCACCAAUGAUGGCUCUUACAUUGUGAGGUGUUGCGUGAAAGGUUGGCUCUUGGAAGUGAAUGAGAAACUAAUCAAGCAGCCACGGUUGCUUAAUUUGUCGGCGGACAGAGAGGGCUACGUUGCCAUUAUCAUGCCAAAACCAGCCGAUUGGCUCAAGGUCAAGGACUCUUUACUGGUUUCGGAGGAGUAUAAAAGACUUAGACAAAUUUGUUAGUUUUAAAAAAUCCAUUCUUAGUCAAGUUUUGUGGCUUAGUAAGGGACACUUAGCCAAACGAAAAAGCGUACAUGUUGUUAUUUUGUUAUGGGGUUUUAAGUGUUUAUUUUAAUUGUUUAUGAAAAUAAUUAAUAUUUUUUGUAUUAUUAAGGGG